CUUUUUUUCUUAUCAAAAGAUGAUGAAGAAAGUCUUUGUUAAAUGCAGGAGAAGACUUCAAAAGACUAGUGGAGCGGCAUAUAUACACAUUCUUUAUAUAUAGUCCCUCUUUUGCCGUCAAUAUUGUUCUUCAAAACUUGCAAAAAAGUUUGAUCUCAAACUCCAACCAAUUGAAUUCCAUGGAUGCAGUGAUCAAAGAAUUUGACUUCUUUUCAGCAAAUCAUCAUCACCAAGAUAACAAGGAUGCGCCAUCGAAUGUUGAUUUGAGCAUGCUACGGGUGAAGCUUGAGAAAAUGAAGGAGGAAAAUCGGAAACUGGUGGACAUGUUGGAUCGGGCUACCAAGAGGUACAAGGAUCUUGAGAGACACCUACGUUUGGCAAUGGAACAACCAGCAGCAGCAGCAGCCCACAUUAAUAAUUAUCUGCCGAAGGAAGAGAGAAAUGAAAUGGAUGGUUUGUCACAACCCAGCCGGCAGUCCAUAGAGACAGUGCCAUCUACUUCAAUGUUGGAUAUCAAUGAGCCUUCCGAUUCAGACGACAAGACAAACGAAAAGAACAUGAUGGAAGUAAUAUCCAAGGAAAUGGAUCAUCAUCAUCAUAUGACCAAUAUUAAUGUUGGAAGGAAACGUAUGUCCAGAUCAGACGAUGAAGGUGUCGGGGGUGUUGAUUAUACAUCAAAAGGUGAGGGGGAAGCUGGAGCAAAGAACUCAGAGGACAACAUGCCUCAUGUAUCUUCUCAGAAGGCCAGGGUGUCCUUAAGAGCACGAUCAGAUGCCUCUUUGAUGAUCGAUGGAUGCCAAUGGAGGAAAUAUGGACAGAAGAUGGCAAAGGGUAACCCUUGUCCACGUGCUUACUACCGUUGCACCAUGGCCAUUGGAUGUCCAGUUCGUAAGCAGGUGCAAAGGUGUCCGGAGGAUAUGUCCAUCCUCACAACAACCUACGAAGGAAACCAUAACCACCCUCUCCCACCGGCAGCGACAUUCAUGGCUAGCACAACAUCGGCAGCGGUGAGCAUGCUACUUUCCGGCUCCACCACCUCCAACAUUAACAACCCCUCAAAUUCAGGCCUCUUGCCGUUAAUGUCCAAGUAUCCCUCCACCAUCGCCACCCUUUCCACCUCCGCACCACAUCCCACAAUCACCCUCGACUUAACCCCCACCCCCAACGAACACAACAUGCAAUUCAUCCAACGUCGAUCUUUCGUCCCACAGCAACUCCCAGGGCAUCAUCAUCAUCAUCAUCCCUUGAACAUGUCAUCCAUGCUGCCAACAUUGUUUCCGGCAGAGAAAGGCAAGCAACAGGCCAUGGUGGAUAUGGUCACCGCAGCUAUUGCCACCGACCAUAAUUUGACGGCAGCAUUGGCUGCCGCCGCUUCCUCUAUCAUGCGUGCAGCUCAGAGCAAUAGCCAUGGUGGGCACCACACUACUUCUUCUUCUUCUUCUAAAAUGCCUGCAGGCUCUCCCACACACCACGUCAAGGAUCAUCACUUUCAACGGUCAUCUCCAACAGAAGAAAAUAAGUGUACGCUGUAAUCUCUCAACAUAUACAGGAUAUGUUAUGAUUCUUUGUGUAUAUUAUAAACCAUAUGGUAUUUAGUCAAUCCAAGAGUAUGGAAUACAGA